AUGGUUCGCAGCUAUAAAAAGACAGCAGAUACCCGCAAUUACAAAAAAUAUACAGAGGAGAUAAUAGAAGAAGCAAUAGAGAAAAUCACCAACGACGAAUUGUCUAUUAAUGCUGCUUCAAUUCAAUAUAAAAUUCCGUAUGGAACACUUUAUAAUAAAUAUAAAGGAUUACUCGGAAAAACGCCUGGUGGCCAACCUGUUUCCACGAAUCAAGAGGAAUUCGCAAUUUUACGUGCUGCGGCUACAUUUGGUGAUUGGGUGUUUCCUCUUACAUUAUUUGACCUUCGAAUGUUCGGUAAGGGUCAUUUAGAUCGACAGGGCAAAAUUAUAGAAUGGUUUUCAAAUAACCUGCCUGGUUUCAAUGGGCCAUUGCGUCCUGAAGCGCCAUAA